AUGCCGGUACAAGCAAUCCGAACAGUCACUGCUGCCAGAAACGGCGUUGGCGCCUUUAUCUUGCAAUGCAAGCGUCUCGAUUUCCACUACUGCGACUGGGCAGGUAGCUCUCGCGGGAUGGUGUCCUUCCUGAAGAACCAUCUUACAACCUUCGCCAAAGAGAACCCUCAGAUCGAAAUCCGCAUAUCCCCGCGACCACACAAGCACCCCGUCAUCAAAGGCCACUUCAUCAACGGCCGCGAAAAGGCCGUCUGCGUGCGGAAUCUCGAGCCCGAGCAAAUCUUCCAGAAGGCGAACCUCCUGAAGCAGAACAGCGGCGAGAAGAACAAGCGGACCAAGAAGCCUGUCACGAGUAUCAACGAGAGUGUCCGUGGCAUUUGGUCUCCGUAUCACGGAGGUCUCAAGGGUGUCUAG